AUGAGAGACUUGCGAAAGAAGAUACUGAUGGAGAGCGGCAAGACCGUUUCUCGCAAGCAACGCUUGAAGCCCGACUCCAACUUUGGCUCAACGACACAAUCACCCAGCAGCUCGCCGGCUGGCUCGCGACAGGCUUCCCGCGCACCGAGCCGAUAUGCCUCUGAGGAUGAAUUGAGCGACGAUGAUCUGAACGACAGCCUCACCAACUCGGUCAUCGCUUCAGAGGAUGGCGAAGAGACCAUCCGCGACUGGACCGAUAAGCUCAAAGACUGCAUAAAUGAGAUCUUGGAUCGCAAGCGCAGCAGUACCCAAGGACGAGAGCGGUAUUUCGUUGGCUACACACAUUUGGCACGCCAUCACUUUGCAGACACCAUAAUCGAGAAUCAGCUACAUGAACUGGUACCCGCCAUGCUGAAGAGCAUUCGUGGAGGUCGCAACACCGAUGAGAUUGUGGGUGCUCUCAAGGCCCUUCAGAUUACCACAUUCACGACGCAGUCAGAGUCGAUCUACGACCAGGUCUUCUCGAUCCUCAAGUCCACAGCCGAGAGCUCAGAUGAGGAGUCGGUCAAGGUCGAGGCACUCUAUACCAUGGCCGUCGCUACUAUCUUUGGUGGAGGGGCGGAACUCGCAGCGCAAGAGCUCAUGGAUCUCGCAGUUGAGAUAGUAGAGAGCGACGGCCACAGCAUAGCAGCAGGAGAUAACGGCCCGGUGGUCACAGCCGCCCUCGCUAUCUGGGGAUUCCUUGCUAGUCAUAUCGACGACCUCGAACAACAGUCCGAAGAAGCGCUCGAGGCCUUUACAGAGCAACUAGACAGCAGCGACGCAGAUGUGCAAAUAGCUGCUGGAACAAACAUAGCUCUCAUCUUCGAGGCACUCAGGAUAUUCAACGAGCAGGCUGAAGAGGAGCACGACCGCCGCCAAGAGGAAUUGAGACAGGAAGCCAAACAGAAGGGAGGAGAUAGAUAUAUCCCCGAACCAUACAACCCCUUCGACCUGCAAUACAACCAGCACCAACUUGUCCAGAAGAUGACGGAACUUGCUGGCGAGUCGUCCAAGGGCGUGUCCAGAAAAGAUCGUCGUCAAUUGCACGCAACCUUCAACAGCAUCCUAAAGUCUCUCGAGCUCGGCAAGGGCCCAGGGUAUUCAGAAGCUGGUCGUGUUGCAAGAGCAUCGGACCGUGGUGGUGCGAGAGUAUUCGAUGCGGAAAAGGUAUUCACCGAGUUUGGUUAUCGCAAUACCGUGAAGGGUGACGACGGGCGGACAUUGACUAUUGACUCAUGGUCACUUUCUAUCCGAGUCGACUUUUUGAAGAAGAUCACUGGAGGUGGUUUUACCACACACUGGGCAUAUAAUUCGGCAGUUGAGGAGACAUUUGAUUCGGCAUGA